AAGAUUAUUUUGUUAUUUGGACGUCAUUUGGCAAAUCGCUUCCGGUUUCAAAGUUUCUGUGGUGCACUGUGAGACAGCAGAGGCACCAUUCACUAAUUUCCGCUAAUUUGCCUAGAUCUAGAUGUCAAGUGCUUUCGGAAGCCGACUAUCAGUCGUGACCCACAUUGCACUCACACCGCUACAUUUCUGACGCGAACGUAAAUUUAGAAGAGUAGCGAACAGUAAGCUACAGUUAAUGCAAAACGAGGCUGUGCAGCAGAACGAAAAGGUAGACCAAGGCCUACUUGAUCAAGUUCACGUUAACGACGCAUUUAGCGACCACACUUCAGGCCCAGCUGAUACAGUUGUUGACGACGAUUACAAGAAAAGAGUCAUGGAAGACUUAGACGCGCUACUCGCCGACCUCCAGAACACCACCGCCAACAUCUCCUCCUACCAGCACGCCCAGGCGAGACCGUACCAACAGCCGCUGCCACCACAGCAGCAACAGCUCUACCAACAGCAGCAACAGCAACAACAGUAUUUCCAGGAGCGCGGCAGCAACGGCGGGGGCAACAACAACAAUUACCUUAUAGAACAGCAGCAGCAGCAGCAGCAGCAGGACCAGUACCCGUACAGCAGCCAGAGCUAUUCCUCACACCCGCCCAACGGCCGCAGUAUAGACCCCUACCAGCAUUAUCAGCAGCAGAAUCAGCCACAGCAGAAUCAGUAUUACGAGCUGGACUCGCGCUCCCAGAGCCAGCACAGCCUGGACUACAGCCUGAUCGGGGGCGGGGGAAGCAGCGUCGAGGGCAGCAGGCACGAUGACCUCUCCUCGGCCCUGAGGUCGCCGGAGGGUCGAGGACCUCCUUCUUUCCCGCCGCCGGGUCAAGGUCAAGGUUACCCAGGCGCGGGUCAAGGCCAGGAGGUGAACCCCCUUGUGGUCACGGUGAAGCGGCGCAGCUACAACUCGAGCGACGAGCAGCACUCCGGGAGCUCCACGCCGCCCCCGUUACCCCCGCCCCCGCCCUCGGACGUGCUGGACAGUCUAGCGUACGGGCGUGAACAGGACCAACCCAUCUACGAGCCGCAGACAUUCCACGUGAGAGAAGCCACUCCCUCAGAGGCGCACCCAGGCGUCACUCGCAGACAGCCGCAGCAGCAGCACCAGGUGGUGGAGGAGGAGCGGGCUCAGCUCCGGCCGCACAGGAUGUCGGCGCUCAGCAACAACCUAUCCGAGCUGGACCAGCUCCUGCAGGAUUUGAACUCGGCGCAGUUCAUGGCCGAGGUGGACCGCAAGAGCAGCGGGCCAGUGAACGAUGGGCCAGCUGUGAAUGGUGUGGACGGUAACAGGCAGCCUCCCCCGCCCGUGGCGCCCAAGCCGGCCUUGACCAGGCCAGGACAGAGGACCUCUGUGGACAACUUGCUGGAUGAGCUAGAGGGCACGGGGCCCCCGCCUGGAAAGUUCCCCGUGGACCCCCACUACCAGGAGCUCUCCACAGUGAGCAUCAACCAUUCCCAGCAGGCGGGCUACGUGGGCGCGCCUUCUUCCUCCUCAGCCUCCUCCUCCUCCUCCUACCAGCAGGCUCAGACGGCCUCCACGGCCACCAAGGAGCUGGACGAGCUGAUGAUGUCACUCUCAGAGUUCAAGUUGCAGAACAAACAGGACGGGAGCUCAGCGGCGGACAACGACGGGGAGCCCGCCUACGCCAAGCCUGUCAAGAGCCGCUCCGUAUCCAGUGCCAGUCCCACCAGCCCACACCCACACCCCCAGAGUCAGAUGAUGCAGCAGCAACAGCAGCAGCAACAGCAGCAACAACAUCAACAACAGCAGCAGCAGCAGCAAGUACCUCAGCAGAAUGGCCAGCUAGAGAGCAUGCUGGGAGAUCUUCAGUCGGACAUGAACCGCCAGGGUGUGAACAUCAAACAGAAGGGAGUCUGUGCGGCUUGCAACAAGCCCAUCGUGGGACAGGUGAUAGCUGCCCUGGGCCGUACGUGGCAUGUAGAACACUUUGUGUGCGCUCACUGUGAGGAGCCACUGGGCACGCGUAACUUCUACGAGCGUGACUCGCUGGCCUACUGUGAGACAGACUACCACCACCUGUUUGCCCCCCGCUGUGCCUACUGCAACGGACCCAUUGUCGAUAAAUGUAUCACAGCACUGGAGAAGAUGUGGCAUCCGGAGCAUUUCUUCUGUGCGCAGUGCGGCCGACUGUUUGGGGAGGAGGAUUUCCACGAGAAGAACGGGAAAGCUUACUGCAAGGAUGACUACUUCCAGAUGUUUGCGCCAAAGUGUGGCGGCUGUGCACAGCCCAUCAUGGAGAACUACAUCUCUGCGCUGAACCGACAGUGGCACACUGAGUGUUUUGUAUGCUGGGAGUGUCGAGCAACCUUUGGCUCAGGGAGUUUCUUUGACUACGAGGGCCUCCCGUACUGCGAGACGCACUACCACGCCAAGAAGGGCUCGCUGUGUGCCAGCUGCGAGAAGCCCAUCACGGGCCGCUGCAUCACCGCCAUGUUCAAGAAAUUCCACCCGGAACAUUUUGUCUGUGCCUUCUGCCUGAAGCAGCUGAACAAGGGCACGUUCAAGGAACAGAAUGACAAGCCGUACUGCCACCCGUGUUUUGUCAAGUUGUUCGGAUGAUCACCGCGUCAGGUCACACUGGAUUUCUCUUAUGUAGACAGAGAUGUGAGGUGUAGAGGACCUCGUCAGGGGUGCCAGUGAGAGCCAGAAAUAGGGGAGGGUUUGUUUGGUGCCUCUCUGAUUAAUAAUAUGUACUGGUAGAGAGGAAGAAACAGGCACUUAAGGGGAGGGAAGUGGGUGGGGGGGGGGGGGGGGAGAGGAGAAGGUUACAGGUCUUCCCAUUCAGGGAAACAAGCAUUCUUCAUUGCCAGCUGCUUGCGUUUUAAGAAGUUUGAAUAAUAAGCGCCUCCUUCAUACUGAAUUCAAGUUUUGCUUUUAUAUAUAUAAAUUGAUGGGUUGGUCCGUAAGAAUAUUUUUGAGGGUGGUUUAAAUUGAAAGGUUAUGUUUAUAAUUUCUCAGGUCGGUAACAGUGUUAAGAGGGAGGGGAGAUCUGUGCUUGUGUUUACAAUAGAGACUAACAAGGUGUGUAACCACCCGUGUCUUAGGGAAACCGUUCAGGUACCGUCAAAUCUCUGCUGUGAUUCUGAGUUUUUCAAAUUCUGUGUGUUUUUAUCAUCGGGUGGAUCAAGAUAAAUAUUUUGAGGUGUGCUGCGAUCAGUUUGGUUGGGCAGAUGACUAAAGGGAUAAGCAGAUGGGACGUUUGUCUAUUUU